AUGAAUUCUCCACGUACAUUAGCAUCAUCAUCGAUAACCGGCUCAUUUCUGACAGUUGGGAAGCAAUUGGUGAUUUCAAGACGAGAAUCAUCAAGGAAUACGAGUCCAGUGAGUACUCCAGCACACGCAUCUCCAGAAACCUCACUAAUUCCCGCGUGGAGUUCACUAUCGACGUGUUUGACAAUUUUCAUGACGACAAGAGAGUCGAGAAGAAUGUGUUUCACACUUGGAGCCGUGAUUGUCACUGACAUUGACAUUUUGAGAACCCUGGAAAUAUCGAUUUGA